AUGGCGAGGAAGUGGCAAAAAUUAGCAGCUGCGAGUAGGAGAAGGAUUUCCUGGCCAAGGCCAGUGGCUGAAGAAGGUCACUUUGUCGUCUAUACAAGUGAUAAGAGACGAUUUAUAAUUCCUUUGACAUAUCUAAAGAGCGAGAUUUUAACAGAGCUCUUCAAAAUAGCAGAGGAAGAGUUUGGAGUAGUAAAUUCAGGGCCGAUUAUGUUGCCAUGUGAUUCAAGAUUCCUGGAGUACGCAAUCUCUAUGAUCCAAAGACAUGUAGAUAAAGACUUGAAAAAGGCACUGAUCAUGUCUUUAGCCUCAUGCAGAUAUUCAUCAUUGGCAAAUGACCAUCAAGAACAACAUAAUCAACAAUUGUUUAUAUGUAGCUUUUAG